UUCAAUUUGAAAUAUUUUCUUUUGUUGUGUAUAAGUUUUGGGGUGACAAUGGGCCAAUUUUGGAAAAUGAACGCGCCUAGUGAACGUGAACUAUUUAUUAUGGAUGUGAGGAGUACCAUGUCGGCGGGUAUUUGCUAUAAACAAGUGGAAGCCAAGGUAAAUGAUCCCGAAGUUCGCAUGCGUACGGUGUCGUAUUGCUGUCCGGGCUAUAAACGUAAUCGUCUGGUACGUCACGCUGUGAGAUGUGAUCCGAUAUGUAAUAAUGACUGCAAUAAUGGCAUAUGUGUGGCGCCCGAUUACUGUGAAUGCUAUCCGGGUUACAAGCGUGAAAAUGGCCGCUGCAUUACCUUUUAUUAA